AUGGCAUCUCAGGAAAAUAAACACAAGUAUCGUGUAGAGAUUCAGCAGAUGAUGUUUGUACUGGGAGAAUCGAACGAUGCUCCCAUAGAAACAACAUCAUUGAUUGAAGAUAUUGUACGAGGCCAAGUAAUUGAAAUACUUUUACAGGCCACCAAAAGCGCUGGUGUUAGAGGAACUAAGUCAAUAGCUCCUGAAGAUGUUAUAUUUUUGAUGAGACAUGAUAAGGCUAAGGUAAAUAGGUUGAGAACGUAUCUUUCUUGGAAAGAUGUUCGUAAGAAUGCAAAAGAUCAAGAAGGAGGGGGAACUGAAUCAUUGAUGGAAGGUGAUGCAAGUGGCGGGGCAGCAGGUGCACCAGCAGCACAAGCUAGUGAUUCUAAGAUGUUGACUAAAUAUAAAAAGCUGAAAAUCAGACUUCCUUGGGAGCUUCAAUUUAUGUUUUCGGAGCAACAUCUUGAAGGAGCAGAAGAAUCAGAGCAAGUGGAUGACGAUGAAAAAGCAGCGACAAUGGCAUCUUUGAAGAGGCUAAAGAUGGCUGAUGAUAGGACUAAGAAUAUGACUAAGGAAGAAUAUGUUCAUUGGUCCGAAUGUCGUCAGGCAUCAUUUACAUUCAGAAAAGCAAAGAGGUUUAGAGAAUGGGCCCAAAUCACACAGUUAUGUGAUUCUAGACCAAACGAUGAUGUUAUAGAUAUCUUAGGAUUUUUGACGUUUGAAAUUGUUUGUUCCUUGACGGAAGAAGCGAUGCAAAUUAAAAAUGCAGAGGAAAAAUUGAUCCAACAACUGAUUGUUAAAGCAGGAAACUUAAACAAAGAAUUGAACAAGAGAAAAAGAAAAUACCUUUUUGAUAAACCCGACGAAUUGGCUAAGCCUAUUAUGCCUUAUCAUAUAGAAGAGGCAUGGAGAAGGUUACAAUCAACUGAUUUUAAACAUAAGGCUGCUAGAUCUUUUGGUGGGGGACUUGUUAAAACUAGGACUAGAUUUAUCUAG